AUGAGAGAUAGCCUGUUUGCGUCGUUCGCUGGGGGAUCAAAAUUUCCCAAAAUUGAUCUCUUCCAGGCGUAUCUGCAGAAAGAGGUUGCAUCCGGAAUAGAGAAAUUCUCUGAACACGCACCGCAUCGUCCGAAUCGACUGGUGUACGGCAUAUCAUCAGCUCCCGCAAUCUGGCAGCUCCAAAUCGAAGCGACCUUGCAAGGCGUGGAAGGAGUAAGCAUUUUUCUCGACGACAUUAAAGUAACUGCGACGAUAAGCUACCAUAACAUUCAAGUUAAUCGAGAAAAGUGCAAAUUUUUCACCAAUUGCAUCCAGUACUGUGGGUAUCUCAUCGUGUACAUCGAGUACUUGCUGUACUCGCUCCUCAACCUGCUGAAAAAGGAAGUUGACUUGAAAUGGACCAAGGAGUGCGAAAAGUCCUUCCGAAUCGUCAAGGAGAGAAUGCAGGCAGACAACUGCCUCGUACACUACGGCACUAAUGGCAGCGAACGCCCGAUACAAUUCGCAUCGCAGACGUUGAAUCGCACGCAACAGGCUUACAAGCAGGUGAACAAGAAAGCUUACGCCAUAGUGUUUGGUGUGAAGAAGUUUUCCCAAUACAUUAACGGUAGAAACUGUACCCUGCUGAAGGACAAUCAAUCUGUUUCGAAAAUCUUCAAUGCGAACAAAGAAAGGUCUUCCCAUAUUUUCCGCGCUUAUAAUGCAACACUACGCCCCCUUUCUACAAUCGUUCAACUGUCUUUGAAACGAAAUGGCAUCGUGCACAAGAUGGGAUCCCCGUACCAUCCUGAUACAAACGGGCAAGCAGAACGCUAUGUGCAGUCCGUCAAGCUAAUGGUGAUGGUGACAGAGUCCGUGUACGAGAUUUCCUGUCUAACAAUAAGUGGAAGUUCGGAAGAGUUUUUUUGA